CCCCAUUUGUUCCUUGCAACAAGUAAUUAAUUCCAAGGCCACCGCUUCAGUUCCCCUGGCCGUGUUUCUGUUUGGAUUCCGAGAAAGAGUGGGAAAGUGAGAAAGAAAACAAAAGGGAACAACGACGAUGGGGAAAGAAAAUGGAGAUCAGAUGCCCCGAGGAUCAGGAAAGAAGAAGAUGAAGAGGAGCGGGUGGUCGAUAACGUCGAUUUUCAUGCACGCCGACGCCGUGGACAAGUUUCUGAUGGCGUUGGGGUUCAUCGGAGCCAUGGGCGACGGCCUCACCACCCCCUUGGUUUUAGUCGUCUCCAGCCGUUUGAUGAACAACAUCGGCUUCGCCUCUUCUUCAGAUCCUUCCGAUAUUAGCCACUCUUUCCAAACCAACAUCGAUAAGAAUGCAGUGGCUCUCUUGUAUGUAGCUUGUGGGGGCUUUCUUGCCUGUUUUCUCGAAGGAUACUGCUGGACCAGGACUGGCGAGAGGCAGUCGGCGAGGAUGAGAGCUCGAUAUCUCCGGGCGGUUCUCCGACAAGAAGUCGGUUAUUUCGAUCUCCACGUGACAAGCACGUCUGAGGUCAUUACUUCUGUCUCCAAUGACAGUUUGGUCAUUCAAGACGUUUUUAGCGAAAAGAUCCCGAACUUCCUUAUGAAUGCGGCAAUGUUCGUGGGGAGCUACAUCGCGGCGGUGGUGCUAUUCUGGAGACUAGCGUUGGUGGGAUUCCCGUUCGUGGUGAUUUUGGUGAUCCCCGGCCUCCUCUACGGCAAAACCUUGAUGGGGUUAUCGAGAGAGAGCAUGGAAGGUUACAAGAAGGCUGGAACAGUGGCGGAGCAGGCGAUAUCGUCGAUCAGAACCGUGUACGCCUUCGCCGGAGAGGACAAGACGGUGACGGAAUAUUCGUCGGCGUUGGAACGGUCGGUGAAGCUGGGGCUGAAGCAGGGAUUCUCCAAAGGCUUGGCCAUCGGAAGCAGCGGAGUUUCGUUCGUGAUUUGGUCGUUCAUGUCGUGGUACGGAAGUAGAAUGGUCAUGUACCAAGGUGCCCAAGGUGGGACCGUCUUCGGCGUCGGAGCUUCCAUUACCGUCGGUGGAUUAUCUAUUGGCUCGGGUUUAUCCAACCUAAAGUACUUUUCGGAGGCAUGUGCUGCUGGGGAGCGAAUCAUGGAGGUCAUAAAUCGGGUACCGGUGAUCGACUCGGCGGACAUGGAAGGCCAGGUUCUGGACAACGUCUCCGGCGAGGUUGAAUUCCAGAACGUGCAGUUCGCGUACCCAUCGCGGCCGGAAACCAUGGUGUUGAAGGAUCUGACCCUGAGAAUCCCGGCGGGGCGGACUGUGGCGCUUGUCGGCGGGAGCGGGUCUGGAAAGUCGACGGUGGUUUCUCUGCUACAGAGAUUUUACGACCCAAUUGGAGGGACCAUCCUAGUGGACGGCGUGGGCGUUGAGAAGCUGCAACUGAAAUGGCUAAGGUCGCAGAUGGGUCUGGUGAGUCAAGAGCCGGCGCUUUUCGCGACCUCCAUUAAAGAGAAUAUUCUUUUUGGGAAGGAGGAUGCCACCAUGGACGAAGUGGUGGAUGUCGCUAAAGCUUCCAAUGCUCAUAAUUUUAUUUCUCAAUUUCCAAAAGGAUACGAAACCCAGGUGGGAGAAAGAGGAGUUCAAAUGUCAGGAGGACAAAAACAAAGAAUUGCAAUUGCGCGAGCCAUCAUCAAGAGACCUCGAAUCCUUCUCUUAGACGAGGCUACCAGUGCGUUGGACUCAGAAUCGGAACGGAUCGUCCAAGAAGCCCUUGAUAAAGCCGCUGUCGGUCGAACCACCAUCAUCAUAGCCCACCGCCUCUCCACGGUUCGCAACGCUGACAUCAUCGCUGUGCUUCAAAACGGCCACGUCAUGGAAAUGGGCCCACACGACAAGCUCAUCCAGCACGAAAACGGCCUCUACACCUCCCUUGUCCGCCUCCAACAAAUGGAGAAACACAAAUCCCUACCGGACCCACCCACCCACCACUCCGCUUCCUCCUCCAUCUCCAACAUCGACAAGAACAACACUAGCAGCCGUCGCCUUUCGCUCGUCAGCCGGUCCAGCUCCGCCAACUCUGCCGCUUCAGAUCGGUUCUCACCAGUUCCGGGUGCAGACGAGGAAGACCUCCCAGUGCCUUCGUUUCGGAGGUUGCUGGCCUUGAAUCUCCCUGAGUGGAAGCAGGCGAGCAUGGGGUGCAUUGGGGCAGUUCUGUUUGGGGCGAUCCAACCAUUGUAUGCAUUUUCGCUAGGGUCCAUGGUGUCGGUUUACUUUUUGACAAGUCACGAUGAGAUUAAGGAGAAGACGAGGAACUAUGCUCUGUGUUUCGUUGGACUUGCAGUAUUUUCUUUGGUCAUAAACAUUGUCCAACAUUAUAACUUUGCGUACAUGGGAGAGUAUCUGACCAAAAGGGUUAGGGAGAUGAUGUUGUCCAAGAUCCUUACUUUUGAAAUUGGGUGGUUUGAUCAAGAUGAGCACUCCAGUGGUGCGAUUUGCUCCAGAUUAUCCAAAGAUGCCAAUGUGGUGCGAUCCUUGGUGGGUGAUAGAAUGGCACUUGUUGUGCAAACGAUUUCAGCAGUAAUCAUAGCUUUCACAAUGGGACUGGUGAUCGCAUGGAGGCUAGCCCUCGUCAUGAUUGCAGUCCAACCGCUCGUCAUCAUCUGCUUCUACACUAGGCGAGUCCUUCUGAAGAACAUGUCUAACAAGGCCAUUAAAGCCCAAGAACAGAGCGGCAAACUUGCGGCCGAGGCAGUCUCCAACGUCCGCACCAUCACCGCCUUCUCUUCCCAAGAACGGAUCAUGAAGAUGCUGGAGCAGGCCCAAGAAGGCCCACGAAGAGAGAGCAUUAAGCAGUCAUGGUAUGCUGGAAUUGGGUUGGGCUGCUCCCAGAGUCUCACCACCUGCU